UUCUUGACAAUCGUCAUCUCUAAUAGUACCCGUUUGUGUUGACACAAGGCGUGUCAGCAGACAGGCCCCUGGCCCCACCGACACCUUCCGCCUCGGGCAGCACAGCGUUAACUUGAAGCACCAGCUACUCACACUCCACCGCACGGGCAUUGCGUGAGGACCCGAUAGCGCCUAGUAUAGACCUCCGGGGCUCCGAGUGCGACGCUGCCAGUGACUGUUGUGGACAGCGAGGGCAUCCGAGAAGCCAGGACCUCGCCUUGGGCUGAGGGUCCCCUGCGGCACAUCGCCCGCGUUGUGUUGCCCAGGUCUUAAGAACCUGUACCCAAGGACUCCGGAGGGGCCUCAGCCAGCCAGUCUCUGCAGGAGGUUUGGGAGGUUGCGCGGUGAUGGUCCUGUCCUGGUCGCUCCUGCCGGGGCUUGCCGGUGGCGGCGGUGGCGGCAGCGGUGGUGGCGGUGGUGGCGGCGCCCGCGCGAGCAGCAAGGCCGUGUACGACUUUCGACUGGACGAGCAGGAUUGGGACAAGGUGUGUUGGGGCCGCGUGGACAAGGCCGCUGCGCGCUCGCUGACGCACCAGCUCAGCCGCCGGGCUAAGUGGGCGGCGGUGCUGCGGGCGGCGGCAGGGCCACAGGGCGGCGGCUGGGCUCCGGACUUCACAGCGGACGAAAUGACGCCAGGCCGGCUGCAGGCCCUGGCGCGGGUGAUAGACGCCGAGUUCUUUCAGGGCAGCUUUCACCGCACCCUGGCCCGUCGCUUGGGUCGACCGCUGAUGUACCGGUCAGCGUUCCUGGAGCCCGGGUCAGCACCGGUGGGGGAUGCGGCCAUGUCGGCGGCAGUAGCAGGGCACGCCGCAGAGGUGGCAGUAGCAGGGCACACCGCAGGGGUGGCAGUAGCUCCAUCGCGAGCUGUGGCAGGCGCCCUGGCGGCUGCGGCAGCAGCAACAGCACACCCGGCUCGAUGCGGCUGUUGCAACAGCAGCGGCAACAGCAGUAGCAGCUGCGGCAACAGCAGUAGCAGCGGCAGUAGCAGCAGCCGCGGGUUAGCGGUGCUGCAUCGGGCGGCGGCGGCAGUAGCUGCGCCUGGGGCGCGCGUGCCGGUCACUUCAUUAGCGCUGUCACCGGCGGCCUUCCCAUCGGUAGCACCAACGGCAACGUCGUUAUUAUGGCAGCACUCGUUGCACUUGCACCGGCGGCAGCAGCAGCAGCAGCAGCAGCUGUUUGCGACGGCUGCCGGUGCGGCGGCGGCAGCCUCCGCACCACUGGGCUUUCGUGGCCAGCCCUCAGCAACUUCAGCGGCUCCUGCUGCGGCUGCGGCUGGGGCUGCGGCUGUGGCUGAUCGUGGGUCUCAUCUGCUAUCCUUCUCCCUGCAUUCCACAAGCUCCUCCGCCGCCAGUUCCUCUUCGUCGUCACCCUCCUCCUCCUUGGCCCCUCCUUCCGCUGCGUCUCCGCCCCUCCUCGUCUGCUCCGCACGCGCGCGCAGCAGGCGCCUUCGCUGCGGCCUGCCGCCGCCGCUGGUGCUAGUGCCGCCGCCUGCUUGGGAAGGCAACCGAGGCGGCGGCGGCGGCGGCGGCAGGCGGUGGCAGCUCACGGACAAGGGCCGCAUUCGGGUGCUGUCGCCGGAGCCUUCGGAGCCUCCCGGUGGACCUGGGCAGGUGCAGCAGCUUGGUGCUCAAGAGGUCUGCGGGGCUGGCAUGCGAGGCGGCGGGAGAGGCGGCGGGAGAUGCGGCGGGUUACGGAGAGCAGCUGCUGGGACAGGCGUGGUGGCGGCGGCUGGAGGGGCAGAGGCGGCGGCGGCGGGGCCGGUGGCGGCGGGCGGACCCAGCGCUACCUACUCCCACGGCCAGGGCAGUGUUACCUUCUGGCAACAGGUGUGGGACUCGUACUCGCCGUCUGUCGGGCGGCCGGUGCGGCUUGACGGCGUCGUGUGCGACACCAAGCUGUCCUGGCUGGCCCACACGCUGGGCCACGAGAUGCUGCACGCACUGCUGUUCACCAUGUGCUCCGACACCGCCGCCCAGGCGCCCAAGAACAUGAGCUACCAGGGCCACGGCCACAACUUCCUGGUCCUCAACUGGGCGCUGUACGGACACCGCGGACACGUGUACGAGCCGGCGGCGGGCUGGCGGCCCGCGCCGGCGCCGCCGCUGCGGCUGUGAGUGUGUGAGAGGAAGGCCU